AUGGGCGUAGUAGCUGAGGUGUGGAGGUCGAGCGUGAGGCUGUUGACGACGAACAACUCUCCUCCUCUGUUGUCGCAGCAGCUCAACGGCGGAAAACAGAGUGCGUUAUGGAGGUGGCGGCGAUCUUUAUCGGCUCAGACGAAGAGAACGGUAAUGUGGACAUGGGUAUGUGGUUUCAUGCUCUUCUCCUUAGGUGUCAUCUCACUCUUCACCGGCCACGUUGCAUCUCACCUCGAGUGGUAUUCUCAGCAACUGAGCAAACGGAACUUACUAGAUAUGGGUCGUCGAGAACCCAUUGAUGUAUGGAAGUCGAAAUAUUCCAAGUUCUUCUAUGGAUGCAGUGAAAGAGGAAGGAACUUCCCUCCUGCUGUUCAGGAGCACUCUUCUAAUGGGUAUUUGCUGAUUGCAGCUAGUGGAGGCCUGAACCAGCAAAGAACAGGCAUAACGGAUGCAGUGGUUGUUGCACGGAUUCUUAACGCUACUUUAGUUGUACCUGAGUUGGAUCACCAUUCUUACUGGAAAGAUGACAGUGACUUUAAUGACAUUUUUGACAUUAACUGGUUCAUCUCUUCCCUCACCAAAGAUGUGACCAUAGUAAAGAGAGUUCCUGAUAGAGUCAUGAGGUCCAUGGAGAAACCUCCUUAUACAAUGCGUGUGCCUCGGAAGUCUACUCCUGAGUAUUACCUCGACCAAGUAUUGCCAAUUCUCACGAGAAGACAUGUUUUACAAUUGACGAAGUUUGACUACAGACUAGCAAAUGAUCUAGACGAAGACAUGCAGAAGCUGCGAUGCAGAGUCAACUACCAUGCUUUGAGAUUCACGAAGCGCAUACAAUCAGUUGGGAUGAAAGUGGUCAAGAGGAUGAGAAAGAUGGCCAAACGUUUCAUUGCUGUCCACUUAAGGUUUGAGCCUGACAUGCUAGCCUUUUCUGGUUGCGACUUUGGCGGCGGCGAAAAAGAGCGAGCCGAGCUAGCAGAAAUAAGAAAACGAUGGGACACAUUGCCUGAUCUGGACCCUCUUGAGGAAAGAAAGCGUGGGAAAUGCCCUCUCACGCCUCAAGAAGUGGGCUUAAUGCUGCGCGCUCUUGGUUUCGCCAAUGACACAUACAUCUACGUUGCGUCUGGAGAGAUAUACGGUGGUGAGAAGACACUAAAGCCACUCAGAGAGCUGUUUCCAAACUUUUACACCAAGGAAAUGCUUGCCAAUGAUGAGCUCAAGCCUCUGCUUCCCUUCUCUUCACGCCUCGCUGCCAUCGACUACAUUGUCAGCGACGAAAGUGACGUAUUCAUCACUAACAAUAAUGGAAAUAUGGCCAAGAUUCUCGCUGGCCGAAGGAGGUACAUGGGACACAAGAGGACCAUAAGGCCAAAUGCAAAGAAGCUAAGUGCUUUGUUCAUGGACCGAGGGAAGAUGGAGUGGCAAAGUUUCGCCAAGAAAGUGAAAUCUUGUCAACGAGGAUUCAUGGGUGAUCCAGACGAGUUCAAGCCAGGACGCGGCGAGUUCCACGAGUACCCGCAAGCCUGCGUUUGUCAGAGACCUUUCUCUUACGACAAAUCCGACGAUGAAGAAGAAGACAUAGCAGAAGAGUUCCACAACAGCACUAGAGCUGGACAUGAGCAUUUGUCUUUACCAGACAACGAGCGUGACGAUGUUUUCCCAGACUAG